UUCCUGGCGGAUGUGGAGUUCUGGGUAAGAUUGGGGAAGAGGGUCUGAGCGUAUCGGUAUCGAUAGAUGUUGUUUGGCUGAUGACGGUGUUAGUGUUGGCUUGUGUGCUAUUGUUGUGAUUAGGGCAGGAGGAAUGGUUCCGCAAGAAUGAUCCGAUUCCAAGAAUGUGACGCUCGCCAACGGGAAAAGACGUACCCGUGGACCAGAGGUUGCGAGAUUCGAUGCAGAGCGUUUCAGAGCGCAAGUCGUAGCGGUCGCCCAGCAGGCUGCAGCACGUUCGUAGAGCAACGUGCGACAGAAAGCUCGAGCUGCCCAGGUUUCCUAUUCGGGCUCCCGGCUGGCGCAGCAGGAUGACGAAUUGGAAAACGGGCGGGAUGCGUGCCGUGAAACACAACGUCAGACGCCAAUCGCAGACGGUUGCACCUGUAGAGGGCUGUAACGGCGCGAGUUUCUGGCAGGCGAGGUCUGCGGCCGCGCGAACUGGGCGAGGCGGAUGCAGUUGUAGUGAGUGCUGGCAGCCAGACUGGAUGCUGUCGACGGUGCGGGGCGUGCAGCCAGGAGAUAGCUGUCUAGACAGCCCUGGAGUGAUGGUGACGAAUGCUGACCGUAGGGAGGGGCCGCUGCACAGGCAAGUGCGCUGUGUGGUGCCUGCCGUGGUGCUGCAAGGGUCGUGCCUGCGGUCGCAACGGUCGCGAUCAAGCUCGAGUAUGGGCCACGCGAGGAGGAAGAAGCUUGAAAUGGUGCGGCAGCCGCAACGCGGUACAAGUGCAGGAGAGGAGAGGCGGAGUGAACUCGAGGACAGCCCUGGAGCAGACGCGGAGAGGGCCUCGGGCAGAUCGUCUUGAUGUGAUUCAUUGACCCCGGCGAGAGGGCACCUUGCCGGCUGGCA